AUGAGGGUGGAGAGUGGCUUGGAAUCUGUUUCAGGAAGCAUAAUGUCUUUCCUGGCACUGCUCAGUGUGAAAAUCCUCAAUUCAUCUUCCAACUACAUCAGACAACUUGAAACAAAAGUCAAAUUGCUAGAGGAUGAUAACAAACUUCUCUCUCAGCAAUCAAGCACUGGGGAACUGAGGACCCUUAGGAAAGGGUUAACCCCAUACCAUUCUGAGUCUCAGCUGUCAUCAUUGUCGCAGUAUCAGGAUGCCAUGCAAAAUGGACCCUUUCGCAUGACUCCUGAUUUUGCUGCUUCUCCUGCAGUUGGGUAUAUUCCUCUAAGCCAGAAACCUGAAGCAGUGGUACAUGCUAUGAAGGUCCUUGAAGUCCAUGAGAAUUUGGACAGGCAGAUACAAGAAAACUAUGAAGAAGACCUGAGUGAAAAGGAGAAAGCAAUUGUUCGUGAAAUGUGCAAUGUUGUCUGGCGAAAACUAGGUGAUGCAGCAAGCUCCAAACCAUCAAUCAGGCAACAUCUUUCAGGAAACCAGUUCAAGGGUCCUUUAUAAGCACCUCAAGCUGCAAGACUGGAAGUGAAAAGAAUCUGAGGCAAUGGAACUUCCUUGCUUCUGGCUGCCAGCAUUAUCUUUUCCUCCCAUUUCCUUUAACUGUGUCCAUAGUGUAAAUAAGGCAGCUAAAGGCCUAGCUUGCGGGCUGUCCUGAUCCAGAAUAAUGAUACAUGGGUUAAUGACUACCCUCUCGUGGCCAAUCUCUGUCAUUUGUAUUGUAAUGAAAUCCCCACUUUCCUGUAUGGUCAUAUAUACAUACUUGACUCCCAAUGAUUUCUAGGUAGAAUAUCAGAAAAGAACUCUGAGCAGUUCCACUGCCUUAUUUUAGCCUACUCAUGGAAUUGCAUGGCAGUAGUGGCUGCCCAAAGCAGUCUUCCCCAAUUUGGCGGCAACUUCUACCAAUCCCGGCAUGCUGACUAGAAAUUAUUUGAGUUGCAAAUGUAGGGCACUUGUCUGAGAAAGACUUCUCUGUUGUAUGAUUUUAGAAAAUACCAAGGAAUUCACCAGGACCUAAAUUAGUCAUUGUUCAAGUCU